AUGCCUUUCGUCACACUGUGGCAGGCGUUAUUCGCCGUCGGUGAAAUCAUGAAGGGUUUCAUGGGAGGAGAUGACACGGAUACUUCAAGCGACGGAGUAGAAAAGGUAUAUCUCAAUUUAGUGUUAUCAGAGUUUUCGAAAAGGCACACAAAAAUCACCAUUGAAUUUAGCAGUGCGAGAGUCACUUAAAACUCCCUUUUUUCUUCACAUUACAUGAAAAAUCAAAUUAAGUGCACAACACUAGUACUCUUUACAAGAAUACUUAGAAAUUGAAGCCAAGUACAGACUUUCAGUGUGGUAUAACGUCAGAGUCAAUUAGUCUGACAAGUGGGGCGAACGAUCGAUCCAGGAAAAUAACAGUGGCUGUAAUCCUGAGUUGAGCCAGGAUAAAGUUGACAGGAAAGAGGUGUUAUUAAGUUUAAUGUUUUCCUACUUUUCUGAAAAAUUAAAUGAAUCCUCUAUUCCGUUCUGAAGUAAGGAUCUAUGUCUAGAUUGGUAGACAAUGUUUGUUAUGGUAAGCAUCACUACAACACGUUUGUUUCCACGUUUUACACAGGUGGUCCAGGGGCAUGAGCCCGAAAGAGGGAACGAGAAAGAUGUAGGGUGCAACAAAAAGAUGGCUGAACGAGCGUCAUUCCCCGAAUGCGCUCGGGUGGAAAACUUUAAUAACAGUAAACCUAAGUUGAACCGGGAUAUAGAUGACAGGAAAGAGGUAUUAUCAAGUGUAACAUUUUCCUUUUUUCUAAAAGGGUAAAUUGAGCCUCCAUCUCGUUAUGAAUUAAGGGAUCCAUGAUUCAAAUUGGAAGACAAUUUUGUAAUGGGAAAAAUCACUAUGACACGUUUGUUUCCACGUUUCACACAGGUGGUUCAGGUGCAAGAUACCGAAAGAGGGAACAAGAAAGAUGCAGAGCGUAGCAAAGAGAAAGCUGAACGAGUGCCAUCCUCAGAACGCGCUGGUGUGGAAACAAUUAAUGACUGUGGUUCUAAUUACGGUGAUUGUGAACCUGAGUCGAGUCGGAAUACGAAAGAGGUAACAUCAAGUUUAACAUUAUCCCACUUUUAUAAAAGGGUAGAUUAAGUCUCCUUUCCGUUCUUAAGUAGGGAAUUCAUAAUUUAAAUUGGAAGACAAUGUCUGGUGUGAGACAGAUCACUAUAAAACGUUUGUUACUACGUCCGACACAGGUGGUUCAGGUGCAUGACCUGGAAAAAGGGAACGAGAAGGAUGCAGAGCGCAGCAAAGAGAAGGCUGAACGAGUACAAUUCUCAGAACGCACUGGUGUGGAAAAAGUUAAUGACUGUGGUUCUAAUUACGGUGAUUGUGAACCUGAGUCGAGUCGGAAUACAAAAGAGGUAACAUCAAGUUUAACAUUAUCCCACUUUUAUAAAAGAGUAGAUUAAGUCUCCUUUCUGUUCUUAAGUAGAGGAUCCAUAAUUUAAAUUGGAAGACAUUGGUUGGUGUGAGACAGAUCACCGUGACACGUUUUGUUUUGCGUCCCACACAGGUGGUUCAGGUGCAUGACCUGGAAAAAGGGAACGAGAAGGAUGCAGAGCGCAGCAAAGAGAAGGUUGAACGAGUACCAUUGCCAGAAUGCACUGGUUUGGAAAAAGUGAACAACGGUGACUCUGAACCUGCUGGUGUGGAAAAAGUUUAACAUUAUCCCACUUUUAUAAAAGAGUAGAUUAAUGACUGUUCUUAAGUUCUAAUUAAAUUGGUGAUUGUGAACCUGAGUCGAGUCCUCGAAACAGGUAACGGAAUACAAAAAGAGGUAACAUCAAGUUUAACAUUAUCCCACUUUUAACAUUAUCCCAAUUUAAUAAAAGAGUAGAUUAAGUCUCCUUUCUGUUCUUAAGUAGAGGAUCCAUAACUCAAAUUGGAAAGACAUUGGUUGGUGUGAGACAGAUCACCGUGACACGUUUGUUUUUGCGUCCCACACAGGUGGUUCAGGUGCAUGACCUCGAAAAAGGGAACGAGAAGGAUGCAGAGCGCAGCAAAGAGAAGGCUGAACGAGUACCCUUCCCAGAAUGUGCUGGUGUGGAAAAAGUGAGCAACGGUGACUGUGAACCUGGGUCGAGCCGGGAUACAAAAGAGGUAACAUUAAGUUUAACAUUAUCCCACUUUUAUAAAAGAGUAGAUUAAGUCUCCUUUCUGUUCUUAAGUAGAUUAUCCAUAAUUCAAAUUGGAAGACAAUGUUUGAUGUAAGACAGAUCACCGUGACACGUUUGUUUUCGCGUCCCACACAGGUGGUUCAGGUGCAUGACCUCGAAACAGGUAACGAGAAGGAUGCAGAGCGUAGCAAAGAGAAGGCUGAACGAGUGCCACUUCCAGAAUGCGCUGGUGUGGAAAAUGUGAACAACGGUGACUGUGAACCUGAGUCGAGCCUGGAUACAAAAGAGGUAACAUCAAGUUUAACAUUAUCCCACUUUUAUAAAAGAUUAAAUUAAGUCUCCUCUCUGUUCUUAAGUAGAGGACUACACUGUGUUUUAUACUCUUAUGCUUUUCUAGAAAGGUAGAUUAAGCCUCCAUUUUGUUCUAAGGUAAUCGAUAACUUGUCGAGAGACAAGAGAUCUUUUGUGACAGAGCAAUCCACAGGGAACGCAUCAAUGUUGGCAAUAAAUUUUUGCUUUGCAAAAGUUAGUAAACAAUCAAAUAUGUGAGAUUUGACAGAAUAAUGAAAAAAAACAACAACUUAGGUUUAUAUAACUUAGUCAUAGCCAUUUAAUGUUUUUACAAAUUUUGACGCAGAACUCUGGUGUUUCCCAACAUAACAGCCACGGUGAAUAUAUUGCGCACACCAGUUCUGAAAGGUAAGAGAUUUCACGGCCGAAAUUUUCACUGAUUAUACUGUUCAAGGAAUAGGACCUGCAAAUGCUUAGUGGCAAACAAUCCUUACUCAGAUUAAAUUCUGAAAAAUUAACGGAGAUGUUAGACGGUGAUUGAGUUUUAGGUUGGAGGGUAAGAGUACAGCGGAGAAGGGUGUCGAGAAUAGUUCUGUCUUUCAAAAUACUAGAUUACAAAGUCACGAUUUAACUUAACAUACUCUUCGUUUUGUUUACUUUCACAGUGGUGUCAACAAGAGCACAUUGAACCCUCUAGCAAGAGAAUUUCGACCGGCAACUAAGGUCUGGAAGUUUAUUUUUUUAGCAGAUUGUGUGAAUCUUUUGAAAUGAACCUUCUCUUUUCCUGGAGCAGGUCAUUACUUUAACUAAUUUUAAUUUUCUUUAAAAAGAAAACGAAUAUCGUUAUCUUCCACUAUCUCUACCCAGAGCUUAAAAUCUUUUCAAAUCGCAAUUGAUAUUAAAGCCGUCUUCAUAAAAGAAGCUUCAAAAUCCCUUUUAAAAAUUUAUAUUCUAGAUGUGAUUGACGAGAAAAAAUACCCUAACAAGCUUCCCGUGGCAUUAUAUAUUUAUCUACAGAAUAUUUAUCCGAAUAAAGAGGUGCAACCCAAGACAAAGGCAUCGAUGGGUAGAAGUUACGACAAGCCAACAGCCCAAGAGCGGCGGCGGAUGCGUUCAUGCGGUCCUCCACAGAUGCUUGGAGUGGAGGCACCUCCAUGGAGCCAUCCCAAACCAAGCUAUCUCCUGCCAAGGAUUCGUCCCAGUCCACCAGGUGAGUGGCACAGACGAAGAAAGAGCACAGACUAAGCAAAGCAGCUUAAGAUCAUACGCACUAACGUUUUAGUGAUUCUUAUUGUGUAUAUGGCUUCUUAAGUAUCCAUAGAAUGAAAUAAAAAGUCUAGAGUAAGAUGCAGUUUAAUGAAACUUGGUGAUCUAACGCAACGGAGAAAUGUCAAGCGCAGUACGAUGCAGAGGAAUGGAAGAAAACACUACCCAGCUUAGAUGGGAGGGACACAACGCAGCUGUCAGUAUUCAACCUAACUCAGCGGCGUGCGAAGUAAUGCAAUGAAACUGUUAUUGCUUGGCUUUUCUCGCUUCAUUACAAUAUAAGGUUUUACUGUGGUUAAUGCAGCUUAAUGCAACUUGCUCAUUCAACCCAACACAGAGCUACUAGGCCAAAACGCACUGUAGUGGACUGCGUAUAUUGAAUGCAACAGAACAAAUAAGUCUCGACUAGGCACAGUGAAAUCUUUUAAAAACAACGCCAGAAAGUCAACAAAGCUACCAAGGACAGUGCUGCAUCAGGUCGUAAUUUACUACAGUUAUAGCACAGCGGAAUACGAGGGUAUGGCAAUACAGCACAUGUCUAUGCAUACCCCUAAACAAAAGUCAUUAAAACACGAUUCAACGCAAGGAGAUGGAAAGCAGCUAAAUACAAAGAAGAGCGACGCAUACGUGAUACGUUGCCAUUAUGUAAUAAAUAGAGAUAUUGUAUUCUCUUUUAUAGGGAGACACUGCAGGAUGGAAACACCAAGGGUACGGUUUACUACCUCUCACUCUCGUCCAAUUCACCCACCAGUUAACAUUGUGCCCAACGCAUGGCAAAACACGAACAUGGCUUACACAGACCAAGGAAACAAUGUCGUUACGAGACAGAAUCGACAUCCUAGUAACCCUGUGGGGCCGUUUCCAGGAGUAGCACCAUGGCCAAGGCCUUUUCUUCCCAACAAUUGGCCAACUCCCCCACCGAUGAGCAUUUCUGCAGUACAGAAUCCAAGUGCUGUUAAUCUUAUGGGGCCUAUGCCAGGAGUAGCACCCUUUCCACUGCCCUCUUCUUCCAACACCUGGCAAACUCCGUUAACGAUGAACGUUGGACCAAACACAUGGGAAAAAAACUACGUGCCUGACAUGGAACAUGGAUUUUGGAUACCUGCGGAACAGAAUCCGUUUCCUCAUAACUACAUUGGAUCUGGCCCGAUGCAAGUUCAACAGUUAUCACCAUACCCAACAGGUUUUUAA